AGGGGCUUUAAUUGCCCACCUCUGCCCACAGUGUCCAGGAUCGCUCUACUGUGUCAGUCUUGAGUGCCCUUAGCCAUGGCCCCUAAGAAGAAGGAAGAGCCAAAGCCGGCUACACCAGCCAAGCCCCCAGAGCCAGAGCGCCCCAAGACUCCGGACUUUGACCCAGCAACAGUGACGCUGGAAUUCACCCCGGAACAAAUUGAGGAUUUCAAAGAUGCUUUCCAACUGUUUGACCGAACACCAACCAGUGAGAUGAAAAUCACUUAUGCCCAGUGUGGCGACCUAAUCAGGGCUUUGGGCCAGAAUCCUACUAAUGCAGAGAUCAUGUAUGUCCUUGGAAAGCCCAAAGCUGAAGAUAUGCAGACUAAGAUGCUUGAUUUUGACCAGUUCCUACCCAUUCACCAACACAUUUGCAAGGCCAAGGACCGUGGAACAUUUGAAGACUUCGUAGAGGGUCUGAGAGUAUUUGACAAGGAGGGAAAUGGUACAGUCAUGGGUGCUGAACUCAGACACGUUCUGGCAACACUAGGUGAGAAGAUGAGAGAGGAUGAGGUGGAGCAGUUGAUGCAAAACCAAGAAGAUGCCAAUGGUUGCAUAAAUUAUGAAGCUUUUGUAAAGUACAUUAUGGCAUCCUAAAGGGGUACAUGUUCAUUUCAGCCUCAUCGUCAUUCUGGUGCUACAUUCAAGGACAUAUUGAAAUGAGGGUGUAAUGAGUUUGUUUUUCCUCCCCUGGAAAAGCAAGAAUUCACAACAGCAGAAAAUCUUUAUAUUUCUGUAAAUCACAUCCUGUAUAUUUUUCAUUUUCAUACAUCAUGAAUAGAUCUAACUCAGAAAUAUUUCACCUUGUUUUUCUAAUGCUCCUUAUGCCAAUGUUGUGCACCCCUUUACAUUUUAUAAAACAUGGUAAAUAAAUCCAUUUAUUUUAAUGGUGA